GUUUGAAAUUGCUCCCUCAGCAACACCAUAAACUCCACGAAGAAAUCGGUCACACUAUUAUGCACGGAGAGAGAGAGAGAGAGAAUAACUAUACAUAGAAAGAACAACAACACAUUCUAAACGUUCAAUUCAAUUCAAUUCGUACAAAGAAAGAAGAAAGAGAGUGUUGUUUUCACAAACCAAGAAGAAGAAACAGAUAAAGCGAUUGAUUGAUUGAUUGAUUACUCUUCUUCACUUAUGUAAUGCAUCAGAAGAAAUCUGAAGUUCAGAUCGGAAAAGAAAGCAGCGGCGUCUCUUCCGAUUUCAACCCAACACCUCCCCUUCUUUCCCCUUCAUCAAUCCACCACAAACAACAACAACAACAACAACAACAAACUCACAGUAAUCUGCAUUUUGGGUUCCUCGAUUCGUUCAAAUCUUCCGAUUUUACUCCAUCCCUGACAUACCCACAUCUUACAAACCCACCAUCUGAUGGAAUUGGAAAGUUACAGAUUCUCAUCACCCAUAACGACCCAAUUAUCCAAUCUCCAUCUUCAACACCAACCCAUAAAACCACCCCUCACAAAAGACCUCUCGUUUCUCAAAUAACUCCUAACCCAUCUUCAUUUUCUUCAAUUUCUAUUCCCAAUUCCAAGACCCUUCAACGAUACCACCCAUUAUCAACCACAACACAACCCUCCAUGAAGAACCACUGUUCUUUCAACUUUCUCAUACCCUCUGCCGCCACCACCUCCGCCGCCGCCAUCCGUUUCCUCCGCCGUCUCCACCAUCUCCGUCGUCUUCGCGUCCAUCUCCGCCUCAUUCUAUUACUCGCCCUUCCUUUCUUCUACUUCCUUGUUUCUCAACCAAGUCACUCCUUCACGCUUGAUUUCCUCUCCGCUUUCGCAUUCUCAUCAGCCCUUUUAUUCUCUCUCAAUCUUGCUGUUCCUCGACUACCAUCAAUUCGUUUAUUCCUCUCCCGUUCUUUCCCAAUCAAGCUUUCUUCAAACACCAAAGUAUCCAGACCUCCCUUACCUGUGUUUUGGUCGAUUGGAUCAAAGCCCAAACUGGAGAAGCGGUUGAAUUCAGGAAAUUGGGUGCAGGCUUACAGCAAUGGUGAUGUAUAUGAAGGUGAGUUCCAUAAAGGUAAGUCUUCUGGAAGUGGGAUUUACUAUUACUACAUGAGUGGGAGAUAUGAAGGGGAAUGGAUUGAUGGUAAGUAUGACGGUUAUGGUGUUGAGACAUGGACAAGAGGAAGCCGUUAUAGAGGCCAAUACAGGCAGGGUCUCAGGCAUGGAUUUGGUGUUUAUAGAUUCUAUACUGGUGAUGUUUAUGCUGGGGAAUGGGCAAAUGGGCAAAGUCAUGGCUGUGGAAUUCAUACUUGUGAAGAUGGUAGUAGGUAUGUUGGAGAAUUCAAGUCGGGAGUCAAACAUGGCCUUGGCCAUUACCAUUUCAGAAAUGGAGAUGUGUACGCUGGGGAAUACUUUGCGGACAAGAUGCAUGGUUUUGGUGUAUACCGUUUUGCAAAUGGUCAUUGUUACGAAGGAGCCUGGCAUGAAGGGCGAAGACAAGGUCUUGGAAUGUAUAGUUUCCUAAACGGAGAGACCCAAUCCGGACAUUGGAACAAUGGACUCCUCGACGUUCCAAGUACACAAAACACAACAUAUCCCCUCUCUCCUGUUGCCGUGUAUCAUUCCAAAGUGCUCAACGCAAUUCAGGAAGCAAGACGUGCAGCACAGAAAGCAUACGAUGUGGCUAAAGUUGACGAAAGGGUGAAUCGAGCAGUUUCAAUUGCUAAUAGAACAGCUAACGGAUCUAGGGUGGCAGCAGUUAAGGCCAUCCAGAAACAAAUGCAAUACGAUAAUAACAAAAGAGACUUAACCAACCCUUGAGGCAAAAAGAAAGUCCCACUUCAGUGUUACCCUUUUUGUUUGUAUCGAAAGAGUUAGCAUUAGUGUGAUGCACGUAUAAUCGGGUAGCUAACCUAGUUUCCCUAUUUUCGCAUCAGUGGGAGGAGAUGGAAAGGAUCGAUGUUAACUAUACACAUCCUUCACUCGCACCCAAGUAGUUUUAAGCCCGAUUGUAAAUCUGUAAUACUACUACUACUUGCUGGUUCCAUAGGAAAACAAAAACCUUAAAACCAGCUUAUGUACUUCUUUGAAAACAAAUUAAUAUGGAAUUAAGUGAAGUUCUAAAUCUUGUCUCAUUAAUAAAGGUUGGAUUCAAAGGGCAAAUGGGAUAUGUUUUGACAGACAAUCUAAAAUA